AUGGAUCUUGAGUUCAAAGGCAACUUGUUUACUUGGUCCAACAAUCAUCAGGGGCCAAGUAUAGUUUGGGAGAGCAUAGAUCGAGCAGUCUCCACAGUGGCUUGGAGGGUGUUGUUUCCCUAUGCCCAAGUGUUUCAUGAAAUUAUUUUCGGCUCUGAUCAUUGUCCACUCUUGCUCAAUACUUGUAUUCCCCCUGAUAAAGUCCCUCGCCUCUUCAAGUUUGAGUCCAUGUGGACUACCUUUCCAAAUUGCCGAACUGUUAUUCAAGAGCAUUGGAUGAUGUCCCAAUCGGGUUCUCCCAUGUUUCGAUUUUGUCAGAAACUCAAAACAUGUCGCAGGGGUCUUAAAGCUUGGAGUUUGGGUGAAUUUGGAAAUAACUGGGUAAAAAUUCUAGCUUUGAAAGAGCAUUUGGCGAGGCUUGAAGCUUCUCCUUCCUCUGCGGACACUUCAAAUGCCCAAGGUCGUAUUCAAGCUGAACUUUCUGAAACUAUGUUAUGGGAAGAGAUCCUGUUUAAGAGUGAGCCUCUAAGGACUAUGGAUGCUAUAUUGCAAGGGGUUCGGCAUUCGUAUUGGGAUAUGAUUGGGGCGGAAGUGACCAAGGCAAUUCAGAGCUUCUUUGAGAAUGGGCAUCUUCUUCGAGAAUGGAACCAAACUAACUUGGUUCUUAUCCCCAAGGUGGUUUCUCCCCAUCAGUCAGCUUUUGUUCCCGGACGUAUGAUCCAAGACAAUAUUCUUAUAGCUCAUGAAGUUUUCCACCAUUUGAAACUUAAGCGGAGAGGGGUCGACUGUGCAAUAGCGGUGAAGCUGGAUUUUAAUAAGGCUUAUAACCGAGUUCAAUGGGAUUUCUUAUCUGCCCUCUUGGAGAGGAUGGGGUUUGCUGGUCUUUGGAUUCAAUGGAUUAUGGCAGUUGUUACAACGGUGUCUUUCUCAGUCUUUGCUAAUGGAAGGAAACGUGCUUCCUUUAUCCCUACUCGGGGCUUGAGGGAUGGUGAUCCCCUUUCUCCGUAUCUCUUUGUUCUGGUCACUGAUGUCCUCUCUGCUUCUCUGACCAAGAGCCAUCACGAAAGACGGAUCAAGGGCCUUAAGAUCAAGCAUAAUAGACCUCCAUUGACACACCUUUUUUUCACUGAUGAUGCAUUACUUUUUGCCAAGGUUGAAGCGGAGGAAUGCCUAGCUUUAAAACAGACCCUGGAGUCUUAUUGCUUAGCUUCGGGACAACUCAUUAACUUGGACAAGUCUGGGAUUGCUUUUUCUUCUAACACUCCGGCUCAGACCCGUCUAGAUACUUGCAGCAGUUUGGGCAUCUCCUCUACCCCCACAAACUUCUAA